UCGCGAGACUUGUCCCACAGCGCCUCCUUGUUUCCAGUGGAGGACCUGCGGCUGGAGCUGAAGCUAAUGAAACAGCUUCACAAACAGCUUCACAAACACAUUUAAAACGUGUGGUUGCUUUUCUACGCCUCGGGCCUCCUCACGCCCCGGAGACAGCCCCUCUCCACCGCUACGACCCCACUGUCCCCCGUUGCGGCCCCACGGAGGAGGCCGGGACUGCCGCGAGAGUUCCGCUAAUCCCCAGGACAACGGUGCGGCCUGCUGUUGUACACGGCUCAGGGUGCUCCUCAGACGGCCAGCGCUCUCAGGAAAACCCGUUGCUUCUGCUGGAUCUACUUCUAUUCAGCAACUAUGCUUGUUUGGCCUUUGAAUUUAUCCCAGUUACAUUUGUCGUGACUUGACUUGUUUUCGUUUAUUAUCCCGUGCGGCUACGUGGUUUUAUUCCCCGGGAAAGAGCGUUUAAAACCGGGGCGGCCUGUUUUGUUUUUACCGUGAAUGGCGGAACAAUAACACGGAGCUCCACGGCUGCACAGACCCUGCAGACCUCGAGAGGAGGACACAUGCUCGGGCCUUUGGGAGACAGCUGCCCGCCGCUGGGAGACAGAACAACACGGACAGAUACAUGGGAAUAAAUACUAUGUGAAAGAGGAGGAGGCUUGGAGCUACGUUUUGCAGCUAAGCAUUUGAAUCAAACAUAAAUAGGCAAACGAGGAUUAAAGACCAGGGAAUGCACUGGCUUGAUGAUUUAUGGUAAAGAUUUCACGAUCUGUUGCUCAUCAAGUGGCAUUUGUGGUUUGCAGCAGGUGCGCGCGUAAGGAUGGAUAAAACUGGUCCUAAGUGAUGCGGAGUGGACGUGUCUCACCCAAAGGAGCUACUUUUAUGACUUAAACUUUAAGAACCGCAUUGCUCCUCUGCUCUAUGCUCUCAGAAAAGCCACCAGAUUUUAUGCGCAUUUCCCACACAAUACUCUGGAGAUUGUGCAGUUGUUUUUAGCGUUUUAAACCAAGCGGAAAUUGUGCUUCUAUUGCUGGAACAGGCUUUUGUUUUGAAGGGGCCUUCCGGAUGUGCGCUCAUUAUAGUUACAUAUUGACUUUACACCUGAUUUAAACCUAAACAAAAACAACUAAGAGACUGAGAUAAGUUUGUGGCAACGGAACACUGGAUACACCGUGCGUAAUUAUCGUUCAAACUUGCAUUACGCUUGAGUGGAGACUACUAUGGGGACGUCUGCUGUUAAAGCCCGUGCGUAAAAGUGACCCAGAUGGCCGGUUCCGCGUGUUUGUGGGCAGUGCGGUUGUGAGGCUCCUGGGCAGACAUGAACCCAGUGAACGCCACGGCGCUGUUCGUGUCCGCAGCCCGCUCCGCGCUGCAGUGCGACCCGCGAGACCCCCGAGCCCUGGCGGAGCUUUGCAAACUUCUCCCGUUCUUCCGCCAGUCCCUCUCCUGCCUGGUCUGCGGUAACCUGCUAAGCGAGCCCAUCGCCCCCGUGGACUCGUCCUGUCAGCACUAUGUAUGCCUGCACUGUAAGGGCCAGAGGAUGCAGCUCCGGCCCUCCUGUAGCUGGUGUAAAGACUACUCUCGUUUCGAGCAUAACCGACAGCUCGCUCUGCUUGUGAGUUGCUACAAACGCCUCUGUGCUUACGUCGCCCAGUCCCCUCUUGCUCCACACAUCGCCGCCGCCGCCUCACACUCCCCCGACCUGCAGGCAGCGCUCUGUGAGGGCCAGGAGAUGUGCCAGGAGCAGGGAGAGGGAGAGGAAGAGGAAGAGGGGGAGGAGCCAGACGCGCAGGUCUGUGCCAACACACAGGAGGACGCCCCGCCCCUGCAGGAGGUGAAGGAGGAGCCAAACUAUGUGAAUGGUCACGACUGUAAUGGCCUGUCCCCAUCCACCAGGGGGCAGAGUGGCCUGGGGGCCAGUCCACAGGAAGUCUGUAUCACCACGGCGACAGGCGGAGGGGCACUACCCCGACUCCGGCUCUCUGACAUCAUGGAUGAGGGGGAGGGGCCUCUGCUGCUGAGCGUGGAGGAGGUGCUUCGGACUCUAGACCCACCCCCUUUGAAUGGACAAGCUCUUGUCCAAUCAGAGCCCGCACCUGUAACACUUAGCCAAUCACAGCCAAGCCCCGCCCACUGUGCGCAGCUCUUUGUCCAAUCAGAAAACUCUCCAGUCCUGGCGCCAUUCCGGUGCCAUCGGAAACGCUCGCGUUCGGAGAGUGACAGUCAAAAGGUGGCACCAGUGUCACUGAGUGCACUCCGUGACCCUGAGACCACAACCCCUGACCUCGCCCCUGUGCCCAAUGGAGGGCCACCCCGAGUGAGCAAAGCUCUGCUUGUGCCCAGGCCUCUGAAGAAGACUGUGGAGCAUCACAGCACUCCUAAAAAGGCCUGUACCAAAGCCCGACAACAGGGGGCACCCAGACCACGCCCUCAGCCCCGCAUACCGCCCCUCCCUAUCCCCCUUUCUCACCCACCCUCCCCCUCCCUCCCCCCCAAACCCAUUUACAAGAAGGCCCAUGAGAAGAAAGGAUGUAAAUGUGGCCGCGCCACCCAGAACCCCUCUGUCCUCACCUGUAGGGGGCAGCGCUGCCCCUGCUACUCCAACCGCAAGGCAUGCUUGGACUGUAUCUGUCGUGGCUGUCAGAACUCAUACAUGGCGAAUGGCGAGAAGAAGCUGGAGGCGUUCGCGGUUCCGGAGAAGGCGCUGGAACAGACCAGACUCACUCUGGGCAUAAACCUGAGCAGCAUCACCGCACUGCGUAACCCGGCAUCCGCUGCCCCUGGCAAUGCCAUUAUCACCACAGCAACAGGGGCCCCGGUAACCGCCUCCUUCCUGUCUUCAGGGGCAGGACAUGAGGCCAGGGUCUUUGACUGGAGCUCCGGUUUGACUGCAGAGGAAGAGCUCUGAUUGGACGAUACAUAGACGAGCUCUUGUGUGAUCGGUGGACACACACAUUCCGCCUCCCCAGAGUCAUGGGUUCUGAAGGGAGCCAGAACGCCAUGGCAACAGAAGCGAAUUUAAGACAAAAAUAUUAUAAGUCUGUUCAUCUCUUUUUCAGUGCCGCCAUAUUGGACAGGUGGGAACUGGAGACACAUUUGCACAAUUUUAAAGAUGUUAGAUUUUGAAGUACUUUUUAACUACACAUGACAUACAUGACAUAAAACAGGCAUUGGCAUUUAAUAUUGUUUUAUAGUUAACAAAAUUAUGCUGUUUUAGAUGAUGACCUGUUCAAAUGUUCCACAAAAAUACGUGUUCCUGUCCAAUAGGGCGGAACUUUUCUCAUGUCACAGUUUAAAGGUCACCUCAGUUAUUUAUUUUAUGAGAAGUCCUGGUGUUUGAUACAGCAAAGAAAUAUAUAUUUAAUUUAAUUUGAGAAAGAAAAGUAUUUGGAUUCAGAAAUAAAGGUAAUAUGUGAUGUGCGUUAAAAUGGCUAAAGAUUUUAAAUGCAUCUCAAUAAAAAUAGUUUUUUAUUAUGUUGAGUUGAAACUCCACAACAUUCUUUAGUAUUUGUUUUUAAGAUGAACUAUGUAACUUUUCUGGUAGAGGGUCCCCUAGUUGUCUGAGAUGUCAUUGCUUUGCCAGGAAUGUUCCACAGUAUGUCAUUAAACAUUUUGCAUUCAUCUUGCUGGUGUUUUUAUUACUCUGCAAGACCUUGCAUUCUUAUUUUGAGUAAGAUCACCUCUCCACAGAUCUGACCUCUAACUUUGCUUUGUGGUGCCAACUCCAUGGAGAUGGACAAAUUUAAUUUCAUACUGUGGAACAUUUAAGGUAAAGCAACAUCUCCAUGGAGACAGAAACUCUACUAGAAAAGUUACAUAGCACAACUUUAAAGGGCUCAUAUGAUAUUUUCUGAUCUGCUCUAAUGUUGUUUCCUCAUCACAAACAGACCUGGAGUUGUGUUUUGUUUCAUUCACACAUGUUUAACACACAAACUUCAUAUUGAGGCCGUGUUCUCUCACUCUGUUCCACCUUGUGAUGUCAUGCGGUGAUACAGGAAGUGCUCCACUGUGUUUUUAAACUCCACACACCUUCACUAGAGUCAUUUGGAUAAUUUCAGACCUGGACUUGCCAGUCUACUGAACUAAAGGUAAAAGGAGCUGUUAACUUGAAAACUACCACUUCAUGACAUCACAAGGUGUAAUAGCGCAUUUUGAGAUGUAGACUAAUAAUAGAGUUACUCAAACGUGUGAAUGAAACAAUACAAUUCCAGGUCUGUUUUUGAGGAGGGCACAGAAUUAGAACAUGGUUUAAAGUUCACAAGAGUCCGUUUUGUGUCAUAUAGGAUCUUUAAUGAACAGCUGUUAAGGAUUGUUAAAAAAUUGCCAAUCAUAGUCGCACCAGCACCCCCAAUUUUUAUCAUAUCAGUCUAACAUUUUAAGAAUUUUUUUUUUUAAUCUAAUGUUUAAGAAGAAUUAAAGAUUGGAAAUACCAUUUUAAGACCUGUUCACCUUAUUUGCUUUUAGUUUAUUUAAAUGUCAUGUUUGGUUUUCAUAUUUCUGUAAGCUACAUUUGCUGCUAAAACACAACAUUUCUGACCAUUUAAAAAGUAUUUGAAUAUUUAUUAUCAGAGGUCAAAGGUCACAGAUAAAUCCAGAUGUGGUUCUGGCUCUCCUCUGGAGCGUUGUUGAAAACUGUAAAAUACUGUAAAAUAUUUCCAU